AUGGCAAUGGAACAUGUCCUUCACAUGAAGGGUGGUGUGGGAGAAACAAGCUAUGCCAAAAACUCAUCACUACAGAGAAAAGUGAUAACGGAAGUGAAAACCAUACUUGAAGAAAAUAUGACAUUGAUCAUGUCCAACAAAAGUGUAAAAGGUUGUUGGAAAAUAGCUGAUUUAGGUUGUUCUUCAGGACAAAACACACUUUUGUCCAUCUCUAAUAUCAUGAACAUCAUCCAUGAAAUUAACACGAAACUAAAUAAUGGGAAACCUGUAUUUCAAAUAUAUCUCAAUGAUGUAUUUGAAAAUGAUUUCAAUACGAUCUUCAAAUUACUUCCAGGUUUCUACCAACAAGAAAAAGAAAAGAAUAAUGGAGAAUGCUUCAUAAGUGCAACACCAGGAAGUUUUUAUGGAAGACUAUUUCCAAAUGAUUACAUUGACUUUUUUCAUUCCUCAUAUUGUCUCCAUUGGCUAUCUCAGGCACCGAAAAAUUUGGUGAAGAAUGGAGAAGCACUCAACAAGGGAAAUAUUUACUUAUCAAAAACAAGCCCUCCAGCAGUUUAUGAAGCAUAUUUUAAGCAGUUUGAGAAAGAUUUUCAGUAUUUUCUAAAGUUACGUUUCAAAGAACUAGCGAUGAACGGUAUGAUGGCACUAACAUUCAUUGGCAGAGAAUCACAUGACAAAAUUAUUUCUGUUCAAGGGAUAGUUGGGAUGGUACUCAACCAGAUGGUUCAAGAGGGUUUAGUUGAAAAGGAGAAAUUGGAUAUGUUUGAUUUUCCAGCAUACCAUCCUACCGAAGAGGAAGUGCGACAAGUGAUUGAGGCAGAAGGAUCUUUUACCCUUCAAACAAUGAAGACUUUUAGGAUGGGUUGGGAUGCAAACCUUCAAGAAGAUGUGAUUGAUUAUGUUGUUGAUAGCAAAAUGAGAGGGGAGUUUAUAGCCAAGUAUCAUAGAGCAGUUUAUGAACCCAUUUUAAUAGUAAGUUUUGGUGAAAAUGUCAUGGAUGAGUUGUUCUCUAGGCUUGCAAAGAUGCUUGAGAAACUUAUUGAAAUAGAGACCUUAGAGUUUACUAAUAUUGUAUUGUUUUUAACAAAGGAUCAUUGA